AUGGGAGGCAAGAAAGGAGGUGCUGGAGAGAACUCCAAGAAGGCUGCUGGUCAGGCUCGUAAAGCCGACGCCGCCGCUGGAAAGAAGGCUGCUGAGAAUGCAAAGCUAGCAGUCGAAGAAGAAAAACAGUGGUCCAAGGGCUCGAAGAGCAACGCUAAGAAGGAUGACGCCGAAGCCAAGAAAGCCGAAGCUGCCCGCAAGAAGGCCGAGCGCGAUGCCCUACUAGCAGAGGAAGAGGCUUCUCAGCCCGCCAAGGCCAAGGGUGCCAAUGCGAAGACCGCCCAGAAGAAGACUCGCGGCCUCGAUCUCGCCCAGCUGGAUGACGAGCCCACAAGCAAGAAGGGCUCUGCUCUUCAUGCUUCCGGUAUUGAUAAUGCACUGGAUGCCUUAUCCCUUACAAACAAGGAUACUUCUAAGGUCGAGCGACAUCCCGAGCGUCGAUUCAAGGCCGCAUACGCUGCCUUUGAGGCUCGUCGCAUGCCCGAGAUUGAACAAGAAAAUCCCGGUCUGCGUCGACAGCAGCGUAUGGAUCUUUGCCGCAAAGAGUUCGAGAAGAGCGAGGAGAACCCCUUCAACCAGGUGCACGUUGCGGUCAACGCCUCCCGGGAAGAGAUUGCUCAGGUCCGGAACCAGGAGCGCGACAAGACCGAGGCUCGUCUAGGCAAAUAG